AUGUUUUUGACCGCUCGAUUUCUUAAGCAAAGUAUCACUAAGCAACAGUUUAUAAACCGUCGAAUUAUUGGUAAGACUUUCUUUACUACCUCCUCCAACAAGUUCCAAAGGCUUGUCACUACUCAAGAGGAUGACGAUUGCCUUCAUGUCAAAUGGAGCAAUGAGAACUCGGGUACCAGUACAUACAGUUACCUCUGGCUCAGAGACAACUGCCAAUGCCCUCGUUGUCUUCAUCCUUCCAGCAGUCAAAAACUGCAUUCUUCCGCUGAUAUCCCGCUCGAUAUUAAACCUACUACUGUCAAAAUUAUCGGAGAGGAAGCAGAAAUUACUUGGGAUGCUCCCCUUCGCCAUGAGAAAGAGAUGGAAGCUCAUGUGAGUCGUUUCCCCCUUGAUUUCUUGCGUAGAUAUCAAUCCAGUGAAGCAAGCGAGAAGUUUAGAUUUAACCAUCUAGUUCCCAAAACUUGGAGUAGCGACGAAUACAAGCUGGAAUGGGUGUCCUAUGAUGAUUAUAUGAAAACGGAUGAGGGUCUGCAUACAGUGGUUCAAAGACUGUACAACAAAGGGUUAGUCUUUUUAAAGGAUGUUCCUUUGACAGAUGAAGCAUGUACUCAGGUAGCCGAAAGAAUUGGACCCAUUCAAGAAACUUUCUAUGGCCGUGAUUUUGAUGUAAAAAACAUCGCUAAAUCAAUCAACAUCGCAUACACUAGUUUAUAUUUGGGUUUCCACAUGGAUCUUAUGUAUUUGGAUAGUCCUCCUGGAAUUCAACUUUUACAAAGCUUACAGAAUAGCGUGACAGGUGGCGCAAGUAUUUUUGUAGAUUCCUUCCGUGCUGUUGAAUUAUUAAAAGAAAAGUAUCCAGAGGAUUAUGAAAUUUUAGCAACAACACCCGUUACAUUCCAUUAUUUAAACAAUGGCCAUCACAUGUACUACAAGAGGCCUACAAUCGUCACAGGGGAGCCACAAAGCGGACCGGCUUGGGAAAGUCAUGUGAACUAUGCUCCUCAGUUCCAAGGUCCAAUGGAUGAUUUGUCUCCCAAGGAAGCAAAACGAUUCUAUAGCGCCUUCCAAAAGUUUGCAGAUUUCGUUGAGGAUGACUCACUUCGUUAUCAAUUGACACUUCAACCAGGCCAACUUGUUAUGUUCGCCAACAGACGGGUAUUACAUGGUCGUACCUCAUUUGACCCCACCAGUGGUGAUAGACAUCUGAAGGGAACCUACCUAAAUUUGGAUUCUCUCAAGGACAAGUUACGUGUAUUGAAUCAACAAUACGGAUAUGAUUCAUCUGUUUAA